AUGACGGCCUUGCUCCUCACCGCCGCGUGGUAUGCCGCCCUGCUCGUUGCGCCGCGCGUCAGCACGGCGGUGGACGCGCUCUACCCGCCGGCGGCGUAUAAUGACCGCCGCGUGCUCGCCCGCGAUGCGGCGCUCGCGCUCAGUGGACUGAGCACGGCGGAGGGCAUCCCGCUCGCCGGCGACACGAUGGUCUACGGCGAGUUCGACCUAAACUUCUUUGCCCAGCUCCUCGCACUGGCCGACCCGCAGCGCGGCGACACGCUCCUCGACGUCGGCUCCGGCGUCGGUCGGCUCGUCCUCGCCGCCGCGCUCCUUCACGCGGACACGCUGCGCAACUGCCACGGCGUCGAGAUCUCGCCGCCACUGCACGACGCGGCGAUCGCCGCCCGCGUAGCACUCGACAGCCUGAGCCCGUCUCCGCCGGUCGCACCGGUCGAGUUCACUUGCGGCUCCGUGCUCGACGGAGCGGGGCUCGAGGCGGUGGAGGCGGCGGACGUCUUGUUUAGCUACGCCGUCACAUGGGCUUCGGGCGAGACGCACAGCCGGCUCGUGCGGGCGCUAGCCGAGCGGCUUCCCGACGGCGCGCGCGUCAUCUCGAUCGACCUCGCACUGGACGCGCAGGCGGCGGGGGCGGCGGAGUCGGGCGCUCGCUUCGAGCUGCUGCACCAGCUUACUGGCCCAAACGAGGAGACAGGCGGCGAGGCGACCGGGCUGGUCUACAGGCUGCCGCUCAACCUCCGCCAGCAGCGGCUCCUUGGCAUGCCGCGCAUUCUCCAUCUGCUUUGCUUCCCACGCUGCCGCUUCCUCUAA